AUGUUAGACGAUAGUGUCACUCUCAGCAGCAGAGGAGAGGCAGCCAUCUUGUAUUUUGAUGACGGGCUCUCAGCAGCAGUCAGAGGUCAGAGGUACGCCUGGUUUGACCUGAGGCUGAAGAACUACCUGCCCUUCCUCACCAGGAGCCUGGUGACCUCCGCGUCUCAAUUCUGGGGAGUUAUAACACAGCGCUGCAGACUUUGUGGAGAGAGAUGUGUACAGGAGACCAUCAGGACGUAUCUCACCUCAGCGUCGGCUCCUAAGUGUUACAACACCAGUGAUCCAGAGCUCAACUCAACAGCCUGGUUUGCUGAGAACAUCGGACUCUUCAUCACUUAUCUCACCUUGGAAGACCUCAACACCUUCGGAUCAGCGCAGGUGUUGCAGGUGUUCACAGUGAACCUGGUGAACAUAGGUCUACUGAACUCCACUAGCCUGCCCCAGAACCUCACUGACUACUACACAUCACUGGUCUACCUACAGGACAGCAACUUCAACCCUCUGUUCCUUCCUCUGUUGUUUCGAUGUGUGGCCCCAGGGCCAGCCUUCAGACAGCUGGACGCUGAGCAGAGCAUGAUCCUUCUACACAACCUGACUACACUGUGUAGAGACCUGGACCCACAGGUGUCUGCAGCUCUAGCAGCUAACAUGGGAGACAACAUAAACAGCAACACCAUCGCUGCCCUCGGCAGAGAGAGUACAGGUCUAUCUGAGGGUCAGAUCACCAUGGCACCCGCCAGCGUUCUGUGGGCUUCCUUCAGCAUUCUGAGCACUGUGAUUGGCUGGAACCAGGGCCAGGCCAUGGCCAUCAUCCAAUCACUGAUGCUGUCAGGAGCCGUGAAGAUCAACAGCGCAUCCACCUUGACAGCGCUGGGUUCCCUGGUGACCGGUGUUCCCUCGGCAACCUUAGGCAGCAUCAGCGGCACAGAACUCCUCUACGCGUCCCAGGAUGCCACAUUCAUAACAUACAUGCAGACCGCCCCGACGAUCUUAAUCCAGACUUUCGUCACUCAGUUGAUCACAGUGAACCCAAACCCAGACAGUAUUCUCCAGAACGUCCCAGACAGCAUGUCUACUGAGAUCCCCAGGUCCCUGCUGCAGGGCUUCUCUCAGAACAGUGUGGUGGUGGAGAAACUGAACCGGAAGACGUGGAGACACGAACAGGCUGUGUUGUUCUUUGACACAGUGGCUCUAGGAAUUGACAACUCCGACAAUAUGUCAUCCAGCGUGCUCCAGGGCUUCACCUGCACCAGAGUGGCCAGUAUGACCACAACCAAGAUCAAGAAACUGGUCAAGGCCUGCAGGAGGAAGGGCAAGAACAGGGUCGCACUGAGAGAGACUCAGUUGACCUGCAUGUACAACUACAUCAAGGAAGAGUCAAAUGUCACCAGCUACAACCUGUACCCUCCUGACAUGCUGCUUUACUACAGUGAGUACCGCAUGUGUUGUAUUGUAUUUGAUGUCUGCAGCUACAGUAAGGUUCCUCAGGACACCUGUCAGGACUACUUCAGUGAGCUGGGAGACGCAGACUUCUCCGUGUUCUCCGACGCGCUCAGCUUCAAACGCACAGCCCUGGUUAACAAUGUCAAGACCUGCCUGGGUAUCAGCGGCACGGUUCUGAGCAGUGACAACCUGCAGGUCCUAGGUAACAUGGUGUGUGUUCUGGACGGUUCCUACAUCCAGAACUCUGACCAGCUCAUCCUGCAGAAACUACAAAACUGUAAUGACCUCACCGACGAACAGGUGGCUGCCAUAGAAACGCUGUUGACGUCUGGGAAAACACAGUACGGACUCCCAGCUACCUGGAACAGAGAGACCCUGGACAACCUGGGUGUUCUACCUCUCUACCUGACAUCCUCCUUCUACAAGAACUUCUCUAAGGUCACAAACCACGACAUCUGGCUGUGUGCGUGUAUAAUGUGUGCGUGCCAGUUCCUACAGUCAUUCCUGAAGGUGCUGAGGAAGAAUGGUGUGUGCCCAGACAGAAGUGAGUGA